CUUUGUAUUUAUUUACAGCUCUGGCAAGUCACAUGGUUUUGUUACCAAAGCAUAUCAAAGUGUGUUCUGUAUUGUUCUGACAAACGAUGACAAAAUCUACAUUGGAAUAUUGUUAAAAUGCCUGAAUCUGACCAAAGUGAUAAAGAAACACAGGAUGAAAUUCCUACUUUGGAAGUUUCUAAUGAAUCCAGAGAUUCCAAUGAACAUGUACAAAAAAGAAUGCGGGAAGAAUCAUCAGAGGAUGAAGCAUCACGUUCAUCUUCUAAAAAAUUCUGUUCUAUUGAUAAAACCACAUCUGAAGAACAUGAAACAGAACAUACACCAGAAGUUAAUGGUACUCUUGAAGACAAAAAGGAUUGUGCAACUAUAAAUGCUUCUGAUAAUAAAGAAGAUACAAAAUGUAUAUCUGGAGUAGAAGAAAGUGUAGGUAGCGAUACGAAAGAUUCAUAUGAUUUAAACUUUGAAAAUAAAAAUGAAGAAGCAUCUAAUACUGAUACAGAAAAUAAAACAGUAGCAAAGACUGAGAUUUCAAUGGAUGAUCAAAAGGAUAAUAUGUCCACAAAAUCUGAAACAAAUGUUGAUACAAAAGAUGCAGUAAAGAAGGAAGAAACGAAAGAAGGGGAAGAUGAUGUUAAAGGGAAAAAGAAACAUGGUAAAUCACAAGUCACAGAUGCUGAAGUAGUAGAAGGUUUGGAACUUUCUGUAGAAUGUGCUAGUGACAAAGAAUCUUCAAGUACUUCUGAAAGUGAAGAUGAGAAAGACAAAAAACCUAAGACAAAAACUAUAAUUGUUAAAGCUAAACCUAAUGAUUCUGAACUUGAUGUUAGUUCUUCUGAAGUUGAGAAAUCAGAUUCACAGGAUGCAUCUGAAGUCAAGUCCAAAGAAAGUGUUAAAAAGGGGAAAAAAAGGGGCAGAACAUCUUUUAGUAAAGCAAAAGGUACAGAUUCAGAAGAAAAUGACAAUGUCUCAGAUGAAGAUUACAGCCCAAGAACUAAAAGGAAACUUAAGAAAACAUUAAUGAAUAAAAAAGUUACAAAAUCACCUUCAGAGUCAAAGAGGGGACGUGGUAGAGGAAGAAAAAUAGCUGAAAAAAUGGUUGCAAAGGAGGAGGAGGAGGAUGAGGAAGAAGAAGAAGAGAAGGAGGAGAAAAAGAAGAAGGAAGAUGAAAAUUCCGAUAUAGUGGAUGAUAAGAAAGCAGAAGAAAGUCUAUCUGAUGCAGAGUCAUCGAAAAGUCAGAAUGAAAGUGAAAGCGGCAGUGAAAAUGCUUCUAAAGAUACAAAAGGAAGAAAUAGCAUGAAACAUGAUAAUAAUAAGAAAAUACAAACUCUAAAAAAAUACAUUAGAGCUGCUGGAAUACAUGUAAAAUCCUAUAAUGAUAUAUGGGUUGGGUGUAAAUCAAAUAAAGCAAAAAUAACAUGCCUCCAAAACUUAUUAGAGAAAAAUGGAGUUAGUGGAAGACCAACUCUAGAAAAGUGUAAGAAAGCUAAACACAGAAAUGAAAAGCUAAAGGAUGUUGCUGAAUUAAAUACAAGCAAUAUUAUAUCAGAAGGACGCGUCACACGUGCCCAGAGAAAUAAGGAUUCAAACAAGGAAUCAGCAAGAACUCCUGUGAAACAACGUGAAGCACGUAAUACAUAUAAAAGAGUUUUAAGGGUUGUUGAUAGUGAUUCAGAAUGAAACGUGAUAAACUUUGAAAGAAAUGUUCGAAUAAUGUUUAUAUAUUACAGUUACAUUAAUUGUUUACUUAUCUGAAUGUGGUAAGUAUAUAUUUCAUCAUUCUAUGUAAAAAAUUACAUGUUAUAUAUGUUCAACAUUUUCAUGCAUAAAAAAAACUGGAACUAGCUAAGUUAAAGGUGGAAAUAAGGUAUUAUAUUAAAAGAUAUCUCGUGUAGCUAUAUUUUGAAAUAUGUAUAACAUAAGUCAAAUUUACUUAAAUUUAUUUUUCAACUUACGAAUAACUUACCGUGUAAUGAAAGUGUUCAAUGGUAAAAAUCAGUUUAUGUAUUUUUAAUAUAUUUACGUAUUAAUUCGAAGUAUAAUCAAAGUAACGGUUUUUUGAUCUGUGUUGUUUUUGGCUUAUGCAAAAUUUGUUUGUAAUAAGUAUAUUAUUUACAGGUCGUUAAUUGCGAAUUGUUUAUGUUUUGAAAUAUGAUAUUUUCUAUUUUCAAAAUUGUUUUAAUUUUGUGUGAUCGGAAUGUUGGACCAUUUAUUUCUAAUUCUAAAGUAAGGUUAAAAAUAAUUAUUACAUAUAAUUUGCUGAACCAACGGAGGAAGAUGACUAUAAUUAACUUCUAUAAAUUUUGAAAGUAUUUUAUAUAAUAUGACUGUAUUACGUUUUCUGAGAGCAAUUUAAAUUACAUAUAUUGUAGCAAGUUUUUACAUAAAUACUAUAAAUAUUUAGUAAUAGAACAUUCUAAUAUGAUUAUAUUUAAUGAAAUAAAAUUUGUACACCUUA